CCGGCCUCCAUCCAACCACCAGCCUCCCCCCUCCACCGGCCUCAGGCUGGCACAAAGUCAGUGGAGCCCACACCCAGGCCUUGCUGCAGGCGGGCAUCAUCAGCAAGCGGGCAUCAACCUACCACCAGCCGGCGAGCUUCAAUGGAAGCCUCUGUUUUAUGAAUCCAUCUCACUGUGUAGAAAGCAGAGUGGCACUCGCAAAGCGGGAAAGUACAAACAAGAUGGAAGCAUCUUCAGAGGCAGAGGAGGUUGUGAUGGUCACACCUAUUCCAGAUUCCACACCAGCCCCUCAACAAAUAUUAGGAAUAGAAGGAUCAACAGUCCUGGUCCUAAUUCAUUCCAAAGAGCUCAUUCUUAAAUGUUUGACCGAAAAGCUGAUGGGGCAGAGAAUGGUGGAUCCAAAAUACCGAUGGACUGGUCCCAUAGGCUUGAUAACCCAAGAAUCACAAAGAUUUAUUUUAACUGAUGAAGGAAAUCUGGAGUUUUUUAACAUUCAUGGAAGUGACUCUGGGAAUUAUAUUUGCACUAUCGCCUAUGCCCGUGGAGAUAGGCAUAUAACCACAGAGAUUCAUUUCCUUGUCUAUGUGUAUCAUACCCCAGGGAAGAGCAUAAAUCUCUCAACUGAAUUUGAAACGGACACAUGUGAAAACAACGUCAUUGCAUCAUUUGAAAAACGCCUGUUGAAAAACUUAGAGGCCCUGGUCCACGACUUGCACUGUGAGAUAAGAGAGUGGAAUUCCCAAUGCCAUUCUGCUUCAGACGCGAUGUCUCUGUUAACCCACAGGCUGACAUUUAUGUUUGUAGUUUUUCCUUUCGCACUGGCCUACGAAGAUUUCUGUGAGAACUCUGACUGUUCCAAUUCUACCAACUACAUCAAAAAGGCCUACGCGACGAUCGAAAAGUCCCUCGAGGACCGGGCUUUGGACUCGGUUGGUGGUCCCAAGAUAAGUUAUGUUCUCGGAUCUCUAACUGGCACCAAAGUGGAUCACUGCAAACCGGGAUUUGGAAAAAAUACCCAGGCAAACGUCAGCAGAGUGUGUCCAGGAUGCUGUGUGGCCUGUCCACCUGGUAGCUACAGUGCCAGGCUUGAAACCACCUGUACUCUGUGUGCUGCUGGAUCUUACAAUAAGAACUACGGGCAGACUUCAUGUAAGCCCUGCCCGGGUGAGCAGUCUAGUGACCGAAGAGGAUCCCAGGCGGAAAAGGAAUGCCACAGAACUCUGCCCAUCUGGGCCGUGAUCUUAAUUUCCUUUCUGGGGACCGGCCUUAUCUUAGCGGCAUCUUGGAUAAUGGUGCCGAAAUGCCGCGGCAGAAAAUCAAUUCCCCGGAACGUCGAAGAGACGGGAUCCGAGCUUAAAAGUCGGCGGAAAACACUUGCACGUGUCGCGAAUGCCGCCGCAAUUCAGGAACAGAGAAACAGAUUGAAAGAACCACCAGGCCGCUACAAGAGAAACCGGUCUCUGAAACGCUCGGCCAACUCCCUCGCGGAGGAGUCCGUCGGCCUCCUCAGCCACGGGAAGGAAGAAACAAGCCCCGGUCCAGGUUCAAGUCCAGAUCUGGAGCCCAGGCUCUGGCAAGGCCCGAGGAAGAGCUUCGAGGAAGCCAACCCCUUGGGGAAAAUCUCCCGCUCCGUCUCCAAAGGGACGACGAAUCCUGGGCAUGGGAUUCCCGGCGGUCCUCGGGACCCCCGCGGUCGCCACGGCCGCCCUGGGCCUUGACCGCCGUGAUGUCUGAAUGAUUCCCGGAUCCCGUCUGGAAAAGGGUUUGCCCCGCUCCGCCCUUCGCCGGCUCACAGAGUCUCCUGCUCGAGGCUGCCCGGACUGCUCCCCGGGGGCCUCGGGGGUCCGAUUUCCAAGAGCGGUCUAAAGCUAGUGGGAAAAAUCCACGUUGUUUUGGUUUAAAAAUGAAAGGCAUCAGAAUUCAAACCAGGCCUCCCGACCCUACUUCAAACCGAGGGGAAUGAGGUUGUUUAUUCAACGACCGUGUCUGUUUCAGGAUAAUGGCUCCCGACGAUGUUAAGUAAUUCCUACUUUGUAAUGCGACUAUAAAGUCUAAAUUACAAUAGCACGGCAGGCUUUCAUUACUGUAAAGAGAAUAUAAGGCUAAUUUUUGUUUUAUAA